CCACAAAAUAUAUGUACUCUAAAAAACUUUGCCGAAUAUUUCAUAGAGAGGACUAUACAACUUUUAGAUAUAUUUAUAUAUAAAUACUUUAAAGAUAUGUAAUUUUUCUUACAAAAAGUUAUGUCUUUAAGGAUAAUGUUAAAUCAAAAGAACCUAUCAACACAGACGACAACUAGGUAGUUUCAAAAAGUGGCGACCAUUCCGGAAGUUCGGAACAUCAACAUGUCGGAUCAAUUAAGGUUGACAACUGUAAGUAAUUCAUCGAUUAACGUACGCUCGGGUACAAGCAUCUCCGAAAUUCAUGCACUAACUAUUUCUAACUUUUUGACAUCGGUCAAGAAUAUUCAGCAUAGGAAAAGAAGGGAAAGAAAGAAUACAUUCGGAACAGAGUUUGAAAAAUAUUCCGGUAGGGAUGGAUUUUCUAGAAGACCAAUCCUAAAUUCUGCUGUGUCAUUAGGAAUUACAGAUUCUCAUUUAACCUCGGGAUCACUUGUAAAUCCACCAGAAUUACAAAGUAAACAAAUCCAAAGUGAAAUGGUGGGCACAAACGCAAUAACUUUAAACAACAGUGGACAUAAAAGACUUAAAAUACUAACGCCUGAAAUGAUAAGAGAUCAUUACAGUGGUCAGUUUCAACCUUUCAAACCGAGAACACCUUCAACUCAAACAACAACAACAACUCCAGAAAUCCAAAGUUUAGCUGGAUUAAAUAGAACAACAGUAUCUUCGACAACAGUUACUACUGCUACUAGUCCUGUUUCGGUAAGCAUUGCACCAAAAGAAAUAACAACAAAGGCGAGAACCAGUCAGAAUCCGCAUUUUACAACAUUUGGGUAUAGUUCCGAAGAAACGGCUUCUGUUACUGAAGUUCCGAUUCAAAACAGAACUGAUGAAAAUGACACGAAUUCUGACCCUGAAAAAGAUGAAGAAAUUGUGCCAGCACCACAUGAUGAUAUAGAUUCCUCAUCACCAGACAAUUCUGUACACAACAAUGAAACUGCUUUGACUUUUGACUCCAACCUAGUAAUCCCCCAGAUGGAUUUGAUGAUGUUCCCCUCUGUAAGAGCAGACGUAAGGAAAAGAAAUAUAGAAAGGCGACGAUUUUGUGCAGGAUUUAGAAUGAAUAUUGGUAAUGCAAAUGUUGGCUUGCGGUGCUGUAUGAGGACAUUGAAUUGUUUUGACAAUCUUCCACAAUAUCUGGACGAAACAUUGUUCCACCGAGGAAGACACCAUUUCAGUCCUGCUGAUAGACGCCAUCUUUGCCAAGACAUAGACGAUUCCAUGCAUUGUUUAGAAAGAGUACUGGAUAGAGAUAACUGUAAACCAGUUACUUCUUUAAUGAACAGAAAAAUGUCGCCACAGAUGGGAAAAGUCAAACAGUUUUAUCAGAAUAUUUGUCCUAAAGAUGCACAUAUUUCUACUGUCCCUCAAAAUGGAAAACCAACUACACCAACAAACCAUAACAAUCUUAAAAGCAAAGAAUUCGGUCCAAUUCCGGGAUCACUAUUACCGUUUGUAGGAGGUGCCAUAGCUGGGUUGAUUCUAUUGUCUAUAAUAAUGCUUAUUGUGAUAUAUUGUAGAAAACAAUGCAAACUCAAAAAACGUAAUUCAGAGAGUCAAGAAUCAAGUUUCGAAUCCGACAAGUCUUUGAGGUAUAAAUCAGUUUCCCACAAUCGACGGAGGUCUAGUGCUUAUGAAGAAAUAGACGUUCAUAAAAUGGUCCCUUCAAUAAAUUCACCAAACAAAAAGAAGAAUCAUGGUAUAGACGAAUCCCCGAUAUCAAGAAAACUACCGAGUGCUCCAAGUGAGGAGGGAUUUAAAACAGGAAAUCAUUACUAUUUAUCUCCAACUUCGAGUUUACCCGAGGAUAACCGAAUAAACGAUAAUGAUAAAGGCGUUUCAAAUUUCGGGUAUUUAGAUCUACAAACAGACGAGAACGGUCAGUCAUAUGCCAAAUUAAAGACAGAAGAGGGAGAAUAUAUUUCACCGGAAGAAAUAGCAAGUACGCCAAAACAAAAAGAGAAAAAUCCAAAAGAAGAAUAUCACAUGUAUUUUGUAUUAGAAAAGGAGGACGAAUAAGAGUGUGAAAUGGUACACUGC